UUCUUUCUUCUUAUUCUCCAUUACCUUUCUCCUUCUUCCUUUUCACAUAUCCACCAUGUCGGAUAAGAGCACCUUUCAUCCUGCUCUUGCGGUUUCGAAUAUUCGGAACCAUAUCUCCAUCACUCUUGAAAUGGAAAACGUUCAAUAUUCCACGUGGGCGGAACUCUUUAAGAUCACCGCACGUUCUCAUAAGGUCCUUCAUCACAUCAUUCCUCCUGCCAAAGGCAAAGAGAAGGUUCCUUCGACCAAGGAUGAAAACGAAUUAUGGUCGACUCUUGAUGCUACGGUUCUUUCUUGGAUUUAUGCUACAAUCUCUAAUGAUCUCCUGCAUACUAUCAUCGAACCGGAUGCAACGGCCAUGGAAGCUUGGAAUCGACUCCGUGAUAUUUUCCAAGAUAACAAAAAUUCCCGUGUGGUGACCCUUGAAGCCGAAUUUUCCAAUACAAAAUUGGAGCAUUUUCCUAAUGUUUCGGCAUAUUGUCAGCGUCUCAAGUCCUUGGCUGAUCAAUUAAAGAAUGUCAGCGCACCGGUUUCGGAUAGUCGACUUGUUAUUCAACUGGUCUCGGGUCUCACGAGGGCAUAUCGGGGUGUUGGUACCUUGAUUCGACAAAGUGACCCGUUACCUCCAUUUUAUCAAGCCCGGUCGAUGUUGACUUUGGAAGAGGGCGGCUUGGCAAAGGAGGCUGCCACAGGUUCGGAGUCUGCUAUGGUGGCAACCUCGGGUAUGGAUUAUGAGGACUCGGGUUCCCCAUCUCCUAAUUCGAGUCAGUCUCACAAUCGUGGGAAGCACAACGGCAACCGCAAGAAUUCUGGCCGCAAAAAUUCGGGUGGCGGAAAAGGUUCUGGUGGUGGUCGACAAAGUCAGUCUCACGGUGCUGCUGCGAGGGGUGGACAGCAGCAACCUUCUGGCCAGCAGCAUCCGUACGGACAACAGCAGUGGGGUUCACAGCCGUGGCCUAAUUUUUCUCCUUGGGGUUGGAUGCCACAAUGGGCCACACCACCCUGCCCAUAUCCAUCUCAAGGGUGGGCUCAACGUCCAAUGAGUAACAAGGGUCAGCAGCAGGGUCUUCUUGGGCCACGCCCAUAG